AGGUUCUGAACGAAAUAAUCUUGAUGAGGAUGUAUUUCGCGGUUUAAAGGAGUUGCUCGAUCAUUACAAUGUUUUGUUCAAGUCGUUCAGGAUGGCACGAGAGACAGUGAACCAACACCAGCAAAUUGAAGUUAAAAUGCGUCUUAUCGAUAGAAGGAAUAAGGAUGGCCGGCGUUAUAAUUUACCAUCUACUUAUGAAGUUGUCGCCUUAGUUGUUGGGGAUUUUGAUGAUGCCAUGGGCAGCAGGGAUAUUAUAGUGGAAAAUCGGAGCAGACGUUUGCAGCUGAUAAACGAGUUAAAUGCUUCUUACUUGGCACUCCAUUAUCCUAUUCUUUUUCCAUAUGGCGAGGAUGGCUAUAGGGAGGACAUUCCCUUCUCCUGUCUUAAACGGAUCACAGAGAGGUUGAGGAAAUUUAUCAGCCCGUUGGGGUUCUUCAAAUAUCGAAUGCACGAUCGUGACUGCGAAAUAUCGUCAAUUAUUUCCGCUCGGAGGUUGUAUCAACAGUUUGUUGUGGAUGCGUAUACAAUGGUGGAGGGAGCUCGGCUCAGAUAUAUACGUUUUAAUCAGAAGAACUUGAGAACUGAAUUGUACAACAUGCUUUCCGACGAUGUGUUGCGUGGUGACACGGAUCUUGGUUCUCAAGGCAAACGAAUCAUACUUCCGUCAUCCUUUACGGGUGGCGCUAGAUAUAUGGUUCAGAACUAUCAGGAUGCAAUGGCCUUUUUUCGUUGGACCAGUUAUCCUGACAUUUUCAUAACCUUCACAUGCAAUCCGAAGUGGCCCGAAAUCAGUCGCUUUCUUGCUGAGAAGAACCUCAACCCAGAGGGUGGUCCUGAUAUUAUUUGCCGAAUUUUUAAGACCAAGUUGGAUCAGUUGAUGAGGCAUGUUCGGCGUAACAAGAUGUUUGGAGACGUGAAAGCAU